CGAGGGGGAGCAGAGGAGCUUCAUGGUGGUUUAUGUGGAUGACAUCCUCAUUUUCUCACCCUCCUCUGACCUUGUGAAGGAGGUGAUGCUGAAGCUUCAAGACAAGUUCAAGUGCAAGACCCUUGGUGACGUCAACUACUACCUUGGGCUUCACAUUGAGCGAGAUGUGGAGAAGCGGUGGAUGCGAGUGCAUCAAAAGAAGUACUUGGAGGCUUUGGCUGCAAACUUUGGGAAGAGUGAAGGUCAUGUGGCUACUCCUCUACCCUCGGGGUUCAAGUGUGUGAAAGGACCAGCGGAGGAAAGUGUUGGUGAAGAGGAGAGGCGGCGUUUUCACUCCUUGGUGGGCAGCCUCAUGCUCUUUCUCACCGCCUUCUCUGAUGCAUCUUGGGCAUCAGAACCAGAGGACAUGACAAGUGUGGGAGGCUUCAUCUGCUGUGUUGGUGGAGGCCCAACAGCUUGGGAGAGCAAGAAACAAGUGGACCAAGCAUUGAGCUCGGUGGAGUCCGAGUACAUGGCACUCUUCCGUGCCAUAAGAGAGGUUGUGUGGCAGCGGCGUUUGCUAGCUGAAUUGGGGGAGGAGCAGCAAGGACCUACCCCACUCUACUGUGAUAGCCAGGGUGCUAUUGCAUUGGCUAAGAACCCCGUUCUUCAUGGCCUUACCAAGCACAUGAAGGUGAAGUGGCAUUGGGUGAGGAGCAUGGUAACCGCGGGUGAAGUGGAGUUGCACUACGUGAAGACGACGGCGCAGCCUGCUGAUAUGAUGACCAAGAGGCUGGUUGAGCAGCAGCAUUGGAAGUGUUGCAAGCUUGAUGGGAUGGCUCUGAACUAAGGGGAGCAGAUUCUAAGGCCAACAAUCCAAGGGGGAGUUUGUUGGUGCAACCUUAUGGCUUGCACUCGGCUUGUCGUCCUUGUUUGUGUGUGUGCAUGCAUGGCAUGGAAUGAAUUGUGAGUCUAUGUCAUUGCUAUCCAGUGCUUUUGUGUGUGUUUGAAUGGUGUAUCACAAUGUGGUUUGUGUCGGUCAAGACAUU